AUGGUCUCACAUGUCCCAAAAAGCGUGACCCAUCGUCAAUGGCGAUACGGGUACCCACAAAUUGAUGCACCACGAGUACAACUGGCUACCUUUCAUCAUGACAGCGUUCGAACACAGAUGGCAAGCAGAAACAUGCUUUCCGACUCUGAGUCCGAUCCAUGCGAAGAAGACUGUUUUGAAGGCAUGAAUAUCACAGUGAACGCAUUCGACACAUGUGACGACCUGACCUUAUCGGACAUCGAAAAAGCGCCUUCACGUUUCGAACAAAUUCAUCAGGCUCUCAAGCAAAAUACAAAACGAUACGCUGACCUACGACCACCCGAACGACUUGAAUAUGACUUCGCAGAUCGAACUACGAUGCACAGCGGAGGUGCGUUCUCUGGCAUGGUCUCCCAAGCUGAGAAGGAGUUCGACACCUCCGACAUUCCGAGCUCUAGGAAUCGGAAGCCUAGCUAUGAGUAA